AAUAGCGUGCGCGCGGGAAAGCUGCAGCCCUACAGCCGACUACAGCCCGGAGUCCGGAGUGCUGCCGUGCUGCCGUGCUACCGUGCUACCGUGCUACUGCGCUAACCUGACAACUCACUAGCCACCAUGGCUGGAGGAAAGCUUGGCUGUUGCAAGACAAGGCGAACCACAGAAGAUCGUAGAUAUGGACAAUAUGGCUGCUCUACCCAGAACAACAGCUUAUCGGCGCGUUCGUCGUGCGGCGGAAAGCGAUCUCAAACUUAUACUGUCAGUUAGUAGAGAAAAUGCAAUGUGCUCAGCUGAAGCUUUGGAUGAGGCUUCUGUAGAAAGGCCCGCUGGGUCGCCGGAACUAGUUGCAGGAGCGCCGCAAAAACACGCGGGAUCGCCGGAACUAAUUGCAGAACCAUCACGUCUCUCGUAUCAGCAAGAUGUCCUGACAACGUGCUGUUUUUCUGAGACUGUGCCUGAUACUCCGGAACCGGUCUUCGGUGCAAGCGCCAUUCACUCGAGACGAGGCGUCCCUGUCGAUUCGGAAGGCUUGCCUUACAGUCGUGAACACCAUUUAGAAAGAGACAAUCGAAGGAAUGUCGAGUUGGAUGAAUUGUCUGAAUCAGAGGAAUCCGACGUUUCACGUUUCAAGGAAAAGCUGCGGCGGUGGAGCGUAGAGGGGGCUGUCCCUCAUGAUACCGUUACAAAGCUCCUGAAGAUACUGCACUCGCAUUCUUGUUUCUCAGACCUCCCAACAUGUGCCAGGGCACUUUUGUCUACACCAAGAGUCACUGAUAAUGUGAGGCCCAUGGAUUCCGGCCAUUACUGCCAUUUAGGCUUGAGUGAGGGGCUCAGGGCAGCGCUGCAACCUGUGCGCAAUAUACCGGAUCCAAUAAUCCUUCAUGUGAAUGUAGAUGGACUACCAUUGACGAAAAGCACGCGGGAUCAGUUCUGGCCCAUUCUCUGCCAAGCUGCUAACUGUGCAGGCAGUGACCCAUUUCCAGUUGGUGUCUAUCAUGGCCAGUGUAAGGCUCUUCAGUCAAAUGUCUUCCUUAGUCCGUUUGUGUCUGACCUGAAAGGUGUUCUCUCUGAAGGUGUUGCUAUUGGCAACAGGGUCUUCCGAGUGCAAGUUGGAGCAAUAAUCUGCGACGCGCCUGCCAAGUCAUACAUUCUUGGCACCAAAGGGCACAGCGGCUACUUCAGUUGCUCAAAGUGCACGACUGAAGGAGAAUUUGUGCGGGGACGAAUGUGCUUCCCUGAUCUUGAUGCUCCAUUACGAACAAAUGCUAGCUUUAGGCGUGCAGAGCAAGAGGACCACCACAUCAUAGAAACUAUCUUAAAAGAACUUCCCAUAGAUAUUGUUGACCAGGUGCCACUUGACUAUAUGCACCUCAUCUGUCUGGGUGUUGUGCGCAAGCUUGUACUCCUUUGGCUGAAAGGUGAUAAAACCUACCGCAUUGGAAGUGCAUCAAGAGAUUCUGUGUCAGGAGCUAACAUUGAAAUGAGGCACUAUGUACCAUCAGACAUGUCUCGGAAGCCACGCAGCUUGUCCGACAUUGAUAGGUGGAAAGCGUCAGAAUUUCGCUUGCUUGUUCUUUACACGGGGCCAGCGGUGCUGAGGUCAAGGAUCCCCAAGCCUCUGAUGGACAACUUCAUGACACUUCACUGUGCAGUCACCAUACUUUGCAGCCCAUUACUCUGUAGAGAGCACUUAGGGUAUGCAGAAAGGCUCUUAAGGCAUUUUGUUGAGACCUACAUAACACUAUAUGGUAGACAUGCAGUCUCUCACAAUGUUCAUGGCUUGAUUCAUGUGGCAAGCGACGUAAGAGUUCAUGGACCUCUUCACAACUAUAGUGCUUUCCCAUUCGAAAAUUACAUGCGUAAACUCAAAAGCUAUGUACGCAAACCAGAAAGGCCCUUGCAGCAAGUCUACAAUCGAAUCGUAGAAGAACGAUUUUUGGUUGCAUCUCCUGCUGUCAACACUGGAGAGUCGGCAGCAUCGACUCCACCCGUCUCCUCUGUAUUCCUUGGAGGAGAAAGUUUCAAGCUGACAGCAAGGCAUGAAGGUCGACCAUUGCCGCUCGGAUGCAUUGGACCUCAGUACAAGACCGUGACGUUUCCUGCUGGCAUCACCAUCAAAACAAACAAAAAAGACUGCACUUGCAUGUUAAAAGACAAGAGUAUCAUCAAGGUUGAAAACAUUGCACGCACUGCAGUGAACUAUCAACCAGUGUUGGUUGGAAGGAGGUACCAGAGUCUAGAAGACCUUUACAGCUAUCCCUGCAGUUCAUCAUUGCUGAACAUCUUCCUUGCAUCUGAACUGUCUGACAUUCACUUCUGGCCACUUUCAGAAAUUGCAGUGAAAUGUGUGAGACUCCCAUUGGCAAACAAAUUUGCCGUUAUUCCAAUGGUGCACCUACAGUGAAAUGUUUUUAUGGCUGCUUGUUUAUUAAUAAUCUAGUUUAUGAUAUUGUUUGUAGAUGAACUGGACAAGCUAGUUCGGUUUUAGUAUGCUGCAUUAAAGAGGGAAAAAUAACUCGGUGGACAUGCAAAUGCUUGCCUUUCCUGCUUCGCUCAGGUGACAAGUUUGCUAUUGUAGCAUUUCCUGAAGAAGAUCACAGCUUGGCCAUUAUUCACAAAACAUGGCUCGUUGAAAGCACUGAAACGACAU